GUAUUCUGUCCUGCUGAGUCCAGUUCCCCACUCUCACCCCACAGCAAUGGCUCCAGCAGGGCAUUACAUUGUGGCAUGUGAGGUUGCAGUGCUACCCCGAUUUGAUCUGCCCAGCCCUCCAGCAUGGUGGCAGAGGGUCGGGUGUGCAGGCUAAAUGUAAGUGGGACUGUGAUCUGGAGCUCGAGGUUGCUGCGACACUCAUUGAAGUUUGGCUGGCCUGCCCCAUCAUGACAGAGGGUCAGGAGGACUAACCCUCAGCAGUGGUGCAACCCUUUGCGCCAGGAUACAACACCACAGCAGGGGGCCAGGCCCAGCUGCUGGAGCCACCAUGGUGGGAUGUCGGUGACGUUUGAGGAUGUGGCCAUGUAUUUCUCCCCAGCGGAGUGGGCACUGCUGGGCAAGGAGCAAAGACAACUUUACAUACACGUCAUGUGGGAAAAUUACCAGAUUCUGGUCUCGUUAGGAAUCCAGACUCCCAAGCCAGUGGUGAUCUCCAGCAUAGAGCGAGGGGAAGAUCUGUGUGUCCAGGGUCCCACAGAAGAGGAACAUGGGGACAUCCUGAGAGGCAUCCGCCCAGAUUUUCCACAUGCAGAAGAGACCUGGGACCGGCCAGCAAUUGAAAGCUCCUUGGGCUUCUUCCUCACACAAAGCUCUUCCCCUGGAGCAGGGGCGAGGAUCCUGAGCAGAGCUGAGAGACAGACACCUGAGGAAGGGCCUGCCAACUGGGAGUCACCCAGGCCUUUCCCAGGGACAUCAGGGAAGAACCAUUCCAAGAAAUCUGAGCGGGGAAGGCACCACAAGAGGCAGGGCAGGCCACAGAGGCAGAGGAAGAACCUGACCAGGAAGGAGCCAGCAACCCCAAAAAGCCAUCAGAGGAGAUCCAGGCCACAUCUAAAGCCUCCUGCAGAGGGACAAUCUGAGCCCAGAAAGACCCUAUAUACCUGCCGUUUGUGCAGGGAAGAGUUCAAGGUGCAGAGAGACCUGAUAGGCCACCACUGGACCGUUCAUAAGAGACAUAAAUUGUAUCACUGUAGCGAGUGUGGGGAGAGCUUCAGGAGAAAGAAGGCAUUCAAAGCACAUGGGAAAACCCACAGAAAGGAGAGAGCCCAUCCCUGUUCUGAGUGUGGGAAAAUAUUCAACCGGGCAUCCCAUCUCAUUGCCCACCAGAGAAUCCACACCGGAGAGAGACCCUAUUGCUGUGCUGAGUGUGGAAAAAGAUUCUUCCAAAUAUCAGCUCUUAAUAUCCACAAGAGAAUCCACUCAGGAGAGAGACCCUAUACCUGCGCUGAGUGCGGGAAGUGCUUUAUGUAUUCAUCCACCUUUAACAGACACCAGAGAAUCCACUCAGAAAAGCAGCCCCAUCGCUGUAACCAGUGUGGGAAAGGCUUCAAAUUUACAUCAAGUCUUACCAGACACCUGAGAAUUCACAGUGGCGAGAGACCCUUCCUGUGCCACGAGUGUGGGAAAAGAUUCAACCUGCAAGAAUAUCUCAUUAGACACCGGACAAUACACACUGGGGAGCGACCCCAUCGCUGCGCUGAGUGCGGGAAAAGUUUCAGUCUCCCUCAAAGUCUCCGGAGACAUCAGAGAAUCCACAGUGGGGGGACCCCUCAACACUGCGCCGAGUGCGGGAAAACAUUCAGUUGUCUAGAAAAUCUCACUAGACACCAGAGAGUCCACACGGGGGAGAAACUCCAUCGCUGCGCUGACUGUGGGAAAGGCUUUGUCCGUCUACAUCAUCUCACUAGCCACCAGAGGAUCCACACUGGGGAGAGACCCUAUUGCUGCACUGAGUGCGGGAAAAGAUUCACCCAGUUGUCAGGCCUCAGCACGCACCUGAGAAUCCACACGGGAGAGCGACCCUAUCCCUGCACUCGGUGUGAGAAGCGCUUUGCUCACUCGUCGUCUCUUGCGAAGCACCAGAGAACCCAUGGGGCGGGGACUCCUGACCCUUGAGUUUGAUGGGGGGAAACCUCUGCCUGCUCUCACCUCACCCUUCUCCCCACAGCCAGUGCACAGGAGGGAGACUCUGCACCUGCCCUAAAAUGCUCCCACCUCCCCAUUAACCAGGUACUAGACUAGAGUUUUAUUAGAAUGGAUAUUUCAGUUUUCGCAAAGGUGGUUCUGGACUUACCUGAAACCCAGGAAGGAAGUGUUCCUAAGCUUGUGUGUGGUAACCUGCAUAUUGCCAGUGAGGAAAGCUGCCGAGGGAAAGAGAGGGCCUCCAACCCUUUAACCAUGGAAUGUAGCAGAUUGCCUGAAAAUCCUCUUCAUGUUCCAGGGAUGAUUCUGGGUGUACGUGAAACUCGGAAGGAGUUUGCUGUGGCUCCGCAGAGCAGAGCUUCUGUAGAGCAGAAAAAAGCUGGGUUGUUGCUUAGAGAAGCUCCUACGGAGAAGAAGCCUCAGGGUAGUUUUUCCAAACAGUUUGCUGCAACUGAUGGGUGUAAAAGUGAUGUGGGUGAGUUAACUCAGGGUGAAUCAUUAUAUAGAGAAAGCAACAGUUUGUUUGGGAGACUGGUUUCAGUUUCUAACUGCCAAGGUCUUUCUGAGGUGUCU